UGCUAGUCACGUGACCCUUCUGUUUACCAAAAUGGUGAACGUCUAUGUUUUACAAAUAAUUUUCAGUUCUUCACGAGACCCAUUUAUUCAACAAUAAUAGUCCCAUGAAACGAAACCGGGGUUCUGGUGAUCGUACCAUUAGUGAUCAAAUGUCAUAAACGAACACUUGUAGCUAGUAUUAUCAGGCUUGUGUUGCGGUUGCUUGUCACAAACGAUUGUAGCGAAAGUUUGAAAGUAGCCGUAUGAAAGUGUCUGCAGCGUACAAAGUUUCCUUACUUGUGAUUGUUACUCGUGUGGUUGAAUUCUUUUAAUUAAUCGAAAGCAUUUCAAAUAUACAUUCCUAGGAUUCAAUGACUGCCAUGUUAAUUACACAAUUGUUUAGAAUUCAUUGACCUAUUGGAACAGUACUAUUUUUUUAUGAUCUCUGUAUGGAGAUAAGCAUUCAUUAUUUCAUGGGGUGACCGAGGUUCCACAAGGCCUAAUUUCAUUACAGACAAUGCUGAAUGCACAGUGUUGCAGGUAUAAUUUUGAUUGCAGAUGAUCUCUGAUGUAGGCUAGUGCAGAUAAAAAGCACUUUCAAAUAGGACAUCUAAAUGUCAAAAGGUGUCCUAUCAUAGCGUUUCAUGCUUUGGCCAGGCAUUUUUAAAAAUGGCCACGUAUCAAGUUGACUAUCAGUGGGCUUAUACCAUAAUGGAUUCAUCUAGGAUAUCCACUUUCCUAAUAUCAAUUUUAUUGAUAGUCUAUGGCAGUUUCCGAUCUCUAAAUAUGGAACAGGAAGCUAGAGAAAGAGAGAAAGAAAAGGAACGUAGUAAUUUAUUGACUGGGAUUUUGAGUAAUAGUAGCACGGCAAAUGCAGAUGGUGCUAAUGGAAGAGUUCAAACCUUAAACACAAUGCAUGCUCUUUGUCUACCUCUUGGUGCUUCCAUUUCUCUACUUGUCAUGUUUUUCUUCUUUGACAGUAUGCAGAUGCUUGUAGCAAUUUGUACAGCCAUUGUAGCUACAGUUGCACUGGCAUUUCUUCUGUUGCCCAUGUGUCAAUACAUCAUUAGACCAUGCUCAGAUGGUAAUAAAAUAUCCUUCGGUGUUUGCGGAAGGUUUACAGGGGCAGAAUUACUUUCAUUUUCACUGAGUGUGAGCAUAGUAUGCAUCUGGGUACUAACUGGACAUUGGCUACUCAUGGAUGCAAUGGGCAUGGGACUUUGCGUGGCAUUCAUUGCAUUCAUUAGAUUACCUAGUCUAAAGGUAUCCACUAUAUUGUUAACUGGAUUACUGAUUUAUGAUGUCUUCUGGGUUUUCUUUUCAUCUUAUAUAUUCAGCACAAAUGUAAUGGUUAAGGUAGCAACUAGACCAGCGGAUAAUCCAGUAAAUCUUGUGGCUAGAAGGUUGCACUUAGGUGGUGUAGCAAGAGAAGCACCAAAACUUCCUUUACCUGGAAAAUUAGUUUUUCCAUCAAUGCAUCAAGCAGGACAUUUUUCAAUGUUAGGUCUUGGCGAUGUUGUCAUGCCAGGUCUUUUGCUUUGCUUCGUCUUACGAUAUGACGCAUACAAAAAGACUCAAUUGUUGCCCGGUGGUUGUGAAACAGGGAUUCCACCUCCGCGUCACAUCAAUCGCAUUAGUUAUUUUCACUGUUCUUUAAUUGGUUACUUUCUUGGUUUACUUACUGCUACUGUAAGCUCUGAGGUGUUCAAAGCUGCGCAACCUGCCUUAUUGUACCUUGUGCCCUUCACUCUAUUGCCAUUACUUACAAUGGCAUAUUUGAAGGGAGAUCUACGUCGAAUGUGGAGUGAACCAUUCAUAUCUCAACAACCUCCUAAACACAUGGAAGUUUGACAACAGUCAUGGAUUUAUGUAUAUUACACAUCAUGGGAGGAAAAUCAUUCGUAUGAAUCCUCUUGUCACUUAUCAUCACGUCCUUAUUUUUAUCAAUGUCAUCUAAUGUAAGUAAUUUUUUUUUACACGUGAAACAUCUUUUAAUGGCCACUGUGCAAAUUACAAUUUCAUACAUCAAAAGCGUUGCGAGUGAUUCCCAACGUAACUAAAGAAAUACCGUGCUACGACAUUGAUUUAAUAUAAUAUUAAAUAUGUAAACUGGGGAUUUUUUUAAAUCGAAGGGAAGAAAGUUCUCUAAAUGUUGAGAAUACUGACUAUUUCGAAUACGUUGUCGGUAUUCUUUUUGUGUCUUAAAUUCGAUGUUGAGUAAUUGAAUGGGCUAUAUAUAGUAGAUAAAAUAAAUAAUACUGAUUAUUAUCUCACAAUCUAUUAAGUAUAUCAAAACGCGUGUUAAGAUUCACUUUAAAAAAGCAAAAAAAAAAAGAAACAGACAUGCGUUUGUUUUACUUCUACAGCGAGUUUAUCAUACAAAUUUUGUAUGCUUCGAAAUACACAUUUUUCAUUCUUUUUUUACACCAAACUAAUAACGUGUUUAUAUAUUAAAUAGUUUUGCUCUAACUCCGUUAUAAAUGUGUGUGAUAUUCUAUGCAGAAAAGAUUUUUUAAUUUAUUAUCCAAUCGAUAUCAGAAUAACUGUAUGUAACAUGUAGUUAUGGAUAGAAUAAUUUAAUAAUUGUUCAAGGAUUUCCACAAAGAUCUAGUGAACGUAUGUGUGUAGGUUGUGACUUUGUUUUAACUUGGGACUAGUAUAAAAAAAAAGUGUUCUUUAUGCAAAAUUGUAUAUAAAUUUUUCGUUUUUAUAAACUUAAGAGUUAAAGAAGAAAAAAAAGAAUUGACAAUUUGUUAUUAGGAUUAACAGCAAGCAUUUCCAACUUGCCAAACGUCUUGCUAGCUUUGUAUAGCACGACGAAAAUUGGAAAGAUUUUCUAAGUAAAGAUGAAAGUGGAAGUUGUAAAACUUUAUUGUGAAAAGUAAAUUGCAGAUUUAAGUCUUGAUUUUUCAAGGACUAUCUCUCGUGAUAAGGAUAAUGUUCACGAUUGUAACACAGAGUGUUUUAACCAAGCUCUUGCUAUGGAUAGGCACCAGAAAGACUUUUUUAUGUUUAUUUAAAAACAAGACUGAAAAUAAUAUUGUAUGAAAGCCAACGUAUUGAGAAGUCUCUCAGAAACAAUCAAUUCCUUUGUUCAAUUUCUUUCACCUCAAUUUAUAUAGUAUCGUAGAUUGAUACAAUAUGAUAUAUGAUACAAUAUUAUGCAACAUGACACAAAUACAAUAAUGAUUGCUUUUACAAUAUUCAUAUAUAAUUUGCAGUAGAUUAUAUGAAGUUUAGUGUCAGAGAUUGUAUUAGUUUAUUUACUGGUUAUUUUUAUAUUACUUUAUUCAACACAUUCUGAAAGUAACGAAGAAAUUAUAUGUAUAUCUGGAAUUUUGGUUUCUUGAAUAUAUAUAUAUAUCUUUUUUUGUUGGAUAAGGAUAUUUUAAGGGAUCUAGUACAUUUCUUAACAUAAUAUGUUUUGCAUCUAGAAUGGUAUAAUGGUAUUAAGAGCGAUAAAUUAUCGGAGAUAGAAAUAUAGCAUCAAUUUAAAAAGUAAUGUAACUUGUAAACUUGUAUAUUGACCUAGAAACUAAAAAUCUACUCCGUAAUAUGGGCGACGAGAAAAAACGAAAAUAAAUAUUAUAUUUGCAA